AUGAGGCUUGUAAGUAUUAGCAGAGCGGCAUGGAAGCAGUUCGGACAGUAUAUGCCCUGGCUGGUGGGCAAAGUGGGGCUUGUGACGGGCGGGGCCAGCGGUAUCGGGGAGAGCAUCGUGCGCUCGUUCUUGAAGCACGGCGUCAAAGUCUGCGUGGCCGACGUGCGGGACCCCGACGACCUCGGCCUUGUUGGUAACAACAACGUCUCAUUCGUCCGAUGUGAUGUGACUGCGGAAGACGACGUGCGGCGAGCAGUCGACCACUCAGUCGAAAGGUUCGGCGGCCUGGACGUGAUGGUGAACAACGCGGGCGUGCUGGGCCCCACGGCGUGCAGGGACAUCCGGGAGUACGACGUGGCGGAGUUGGAGCGAGUGCUUGGGGUGAACGUGAGGGGCGUCACGGCGGGGGUAGUGGGAGGGAUGGCGGAUCACGCGUACACGGGGUCCAAGCACGCGGUGGUGGGGCUCACCCGGAGCGUGGCUGCGGAGCUCGGGAAGCACGGGGUGCGGGUCAACUGUGUGUCCCCAUACGGGGUGCUCACAAGGAUGUCGCUGGCUCAGGCACGCAAUAUGGAGGAGGAGGAGAUGGUUGAGCGGAUGAGGUGGCUGAAUGAGAGUGUGGCCAACCUUAAGGGAGUGGAGCUGACGGUGGACGAUGUUGCGUGCGCGGUGGUGUUUUUAGCCAGUGACGAGGCACGGUACGUGAGUGGGGCCAACCUCAUGGUCGACGGAGGGUUCACCUCCACAACCCACGCUUUUGAACAACUUCUUCGGUGA